AUGACCAUGACAGAUGACACUCAGUCUCGUGUUAAGUCACUCGAGGAAGAAGUGGCCGAACUGCGACGUAUGGUAUCAUCUCUCUCUCUCCAGACAUUCAACCGAUAUGAGGCCCAGAACGCUUCCAAGGGACUCUCCGAUGACGCACAUACCAACAGCAACGCCGUGAGCACCCCUGCACCUUCAAAAUUGUCUCUGAUCUACGGAAGAGGAGAUAUGCGAUCCUACCUCUCGACUCCCGAUCCCAGAUUCAAAGAGGACGAAUGGCUCUACAACAAACCUCCGGGCUGGGGCUGGUAA